GCUACAUAUGGAUUUUCCACGAUUUCUAUUGGUGGAAGGCGUUUAAUUGCAGAUAUGACAACCGCGCAAAAACUAUGAUUGGAUGAACAUCAGCCAUUUUGAUCUUUCUUUCGUGAUCAUCCAUCAAAGAAGGAACUAAAGAAAUGGCGGACGCAGCUCCAGCCGGUGGACGUGGCGGCUUCAGAGGAGGUUUCGGUGGCGGCGGUGCCGGUGGUGCACCGGGAGGCGGUCGUGGGGGCCGUGGAGGACGCGGUAGAGGCAGAGGAAGAGGUCGCGGCCGUGGUCGUGGCAAGGAAGACUCAAAAGAGUGGGUGCCAGUCACCAAACUCGGCCGUUUGGUUCGCGAUGGCAAAAUCAGAUCCCUGGAGGAAAUCUACCUUUUCUCUCUGCCCAUCAAAGAGUUCGAAAUCAUUGACUUCUUUAUUGGUAGCGAUUUGAAUGAUGAGGUUUUAAAAAUCAUGCCUGUCCAGAAACAAACUCGUGCCGGUCAACGUACCAGGUUUAAGGCGUUCGUCGCCAUUGGAGAUACCAAGGGACACAUCGGUUUGGGUGUUAAGUGCAGCAAGGAAGUUGCCACCGCCAUUCGUGGCGCCAUCAUCUUGGCUAAGUUGUCUGUAGUGCCCGUCAGGAGAGGUUAUUGGGGUAACAAGAUUGGUCAGCCCCACACUGUACCUUGCAAGGUAACAGGAAAGUGCGGUUCAGUAACCGUACGUCUUAUUCCCGCUCCUCGCGGUACCGGCAUUGUAUCUGCCCCCGUACCCAAGAAACUGCUUCAGAUGGCUGGUAUUGAAGAUUGCUACACUUCUGCUAGAGGAUCCACUGGAACCCUGGGUAACUUUGCCAAGGCAACCUACGCAGCCAUUGCCAAAACCUAUGCCUACUUGACCCCAGACUUGUGGAAAGAGAUGCCACUGAGCAGAACUCCGUAUCAAGAAUUUGCCGACUAUUUGGCAAACAACCACCGUGUGGUCACCGCACCAGCCAGAACAGAGGCCGCCUAAAUAAAAACGUCAGCGACAGUGGUCAAGAGCUUUCACUAGUUCUUCGACAAACCACCUUGGUCAUCGAGUUUUUUGACUCAAUGGCAGAGGUCAUCCUCCCUGAUAUUAGCUUAUACUUUGCUUCGUAAGGUUUAAACUAAUAUCAGAGCAACAACAGGGCUUCUAUUUAGUGUAAGACGCCGUAGUUUGUUUUCAGUUGAUUUGUUUACUUUUUGUGCGUCUGGUACUAAAUAGAGCUUACAACACAACAGCAACAACUUUAAAAGAAAUAUAAGAGCUCCGUAUA